AAAAGGCGCUGAUGCGAAAACUACGGUCUAUGCGUUUCCUAGAUUUUCGUGGCUGUUGUUUGUUCGACAUCUGUCAUUAUUGUGGAAUGGGCAAAAAAAUUCAUACACAAAAAGUUUUUAAGUAAACCAUAUAAACUCGAAUAUCUUUAAUUUAGAGUAUAAUUCAACGAGUUAGAUUCUUGUGCUUGAGUUAUUUAUUAAAGCAUCUAGAGUUAUAUCCAGAUAGAUUGUUAUAACAUUACAGUAAGCAUGUGGGAAGCUGGAUUAUGCACUGUCAUAAUUCCCACAGUGUCAACAAUGAUAAUUUAUAUGUUGACAGUUAAUCUUAUGAGAUAUUUGAUGAGGGAUCCUCAUAUAUCUAUAAGAGAUGCAUCUAAAAAUCAUAAUUGGACUACUAUCAUCAGACAUGAUAAGUCAUAUUAUUGCAGUAUCUGUGAAUCACUUCUAUUGAAUAUGGCAGGUGUAUUGUGUGAUUCUUGUGGUGUAUGUGUAGAUACUGGAUGCAUUAAAUCUGCUGAUAAACAAUUGAAAUGUAAAGCAAUAACAUUGAAUACUGAUGGACCAAUGAAGCAUCACUGGAUUAAGGGAAAUUUACCCAUCGCUGCCAUGUGUGAUGUUUGUGAUGAAGAAUGUGAUGCUGAACCUGGACUCAAUGACUGGUUUUGUUGCUGGUGUCAAAGAUGUACCCAUGAACUUUGUAAAUCUAAAUUAAAUGAAAUCUGUGACUUUGGAAAGUUUAAGCUGAUGAUUAUACCACCUGGAAGUUUAGAAGUUGUGAAUAGACGCAGUACUGUGCGUAAGAGAUUACAGCUUCGAUCAAUUAUACCUCCUGUUUGGGAUGAGUGGAAACCUCUUAUAGUAGUAGCUAACAAGAAGUCAGGCAAUAAUGAUGGUGCUAUCGUGCUUUCAAUGUUUCGUCGAUUAUUAAAUCCGGCUCAAGUUGUAGAUCUGUCUGAACGUGAUCCUGUUGCUGCUCUAGAAUGGUGUCGGUUGUUGGGUGACAAGCCUUGUAGUAUUUUAGUUGCUGGAGGUGAUGGAACUGUAGCUUGGUUAUUGAACUCGAUUCAUAAACUUCACUUGAAGCCAGUGCCAGCUGUCGCAAUUUUGCCUUUAGGCACGGGCAAUGAUUUAUCCCGCGUUUUAGGCUGGGGUAAAGAAUAUAAUGCGGAUGUGGAUCCUACUAGGAUUUUGUAUCAAAUUCAAAAGGCUCAUUCAGUCAAACUGGACAGAUGGACAGUCACUUCAGCAUAUGACGGGCGAGGUCUGGGGUUUAGGGGCUCACAGGAGCGAAAGUUUAUGUACAAUUAUAUGGGUGUAGGUGUUGAUGCUCAGGUAGCUUUAAAUUUUCAUCGGACAAGAGAAAGCGGCUUCUAUUUAUUCAACCGUAGAAUAUUUAACAAGAUAUUAUACUUAUGUUUUGGAACUCAGCAAGUGGUAGAACGAGAGUGUAAAGACCUGGAUAAACGCAUAGAAGUUUACUUAGAUGGAAAACGAGCUGAAUUACCCUCAUCAGAGGGUGUAGUUAUUUUGAACAUUCCGUGCUGGGGUGCUGGAGUCAAGCUUUGGGAAUUAGGACUUCAAGGUAAUGACGGUGUCGGUUUUCAAAGUAUAAACGAUGGUAAACUGGAAGUCUGUGCAUUGUAUUCAUCAUUCCACAUAGCUCAGUUGCAAGUUGGACUAUCGCAACCCCAUCGUUUAGGCCAAGCCAAAACAGUCAAGAUAAAAUUAUUAGACUCUUGCGCAGUACAAAUCGAUGGUGAACCUUGGUAUCAAAGUCCCUGUGAGUUUACCAUAACUCACUGCAAUCAAGCAUCAAUGUUGAUGUCGACGCAUCAAUAAUUAUUUUCGAAUUUCUAAAAUCAGUACAAUCCAUUACAUCUUUUGUUUAUUGAUUAAUAACAGCGGUAAUACGAUUUAGUUAUUUAUUAAUAAAAAUAUACAAAUCUAGUCCUUAUUAUACAAAUCUACAUUCAAAAAUACUUCAUUAUUUUUACAGUAUUUUAUUUUAAUUUUAAAUAGUUAAGUGUUUGUUAUAAAAUUUAUGGUUAAGAAUGAAAUAUUUUUAUCCGACUCAGAUAUAUCAAUCUAAAAAUUAUAA